AGCGGGUUGGGGCGGGGCCUCCUCGCGCGCCUGCGCGCUGCGGCCCGCGCGCCUGCGCAGUGCGGCCGGGACGGCGGGGGUCACCCUGAGCUGCGGACGGGCGCCGCGAUGAUCACCAGGUUUUUGGGGCCGCGGUACGCCCAGCUUGCUAAGAACUGGGUCCCCACAGCGGGGAUGUGGGGCGCCGUGGGUGCCGUGGGGCUGGUGUGGGCCACCGAUUGGCGUCUGAUCCUCGACUGGGUCCCCUACAUCAACGGCAAGUUCAAGAAGGACAGUUAAGGCGCGUGGCCCUCCACGCACCCGCAUCCUGGUGCUGCGUCCGGCUGAGCCCCCCGUCACGCCGGCAGGAGGGACCCGCUGGGCUGGAAAUGGCUGUUUGAACACCCCCCCCCC